AUGACUUCUCUGGCUAAUGCGGUGUUCAAAAGGUAUCUGGCGGUGAGGCCUAGCGCCCACCAAGCUGUCCAGGCAAGAGGCAAGAAGAAGUCGUCGUCGUCGUUCGACAAGUUUUUCCCACAACAGGGCAAUGGCAGGAAAAAGCAAUGGGAGGUGCUGAAUGAGGACAAGGCCUCGUGGUUCAAGAGGAAGUACGCUCAUGUGCACGCCAGGGARCAGGACCAUACAGCGGAUCCGUAUGGCAAGAGGAAAGCCCACGUCGAUAAGCUAAAGGAAAUCAAAGUCCAGGCGAAAUUAGAUCAAAAGAGGCACAAGUCUAAGUUCCCAAAUAGGAACAUUGUGCAGAAGCUCUUGAACGACAACCCCCUUUUGGAGUACGUCUACGGUACCAACAGCGUGUAUGCGGCGCUGCUGAACCCUGGGAGGAGUUCCCACUCGCGUGUGCUGUACUACGGGAGCAUACCGGCAAAGAUCCUUCAGAAAGUCAAUGAGUUGAAGAUCGCGACGGAGCUUGUGGACAAGCACAGACUGAAUUUGCUGACCAACUACGGGGUGCACAAUAACAUUGCCCUCGAGACCAAGCCCCUGCAGCCGUUGGAGAUCGCAUACCUGGGCGACGUGGACACCACCGCAGCGGAUCUAACCAUCCACGAGUCGGGCUUCGACAACGAAGAAGUCGUGCACAGUUUGCCCUACAGCACACGGGAGGACUCCAAGGGGUUCCCCCUGGGGCUGUACUUGGACGAAAUCACCGAUCCGCACAACAUCGGGGCCAUUGUAAGGAGCGCAUACUUUCUUGGGGCAGACUUCAUUGUGAUGUCGAGGAGAAACUGUUCCCCAUUGACACCCGUGGUGUGUAAAACUAGUAGUGGGGCCCUCGAGCUCCUGCCCAUUUUCUACGUUGACAAGCCGCUGGAGUUCUUCACCAAGUCGCAAGAAAUGGGAGGCUGGACGUUCGUCACGAGCCACUUGGCUGACGCUACCGCAGAAAAGUACACGACAGGGAAGGCGCUCAGCGUACAUGACCUGAACGGCAUGUGCACCAAGCUGCCCGUUGUGCUGGUGGUGGGGAGUGAAAGCCAAGGUGUAAGAACCAACCUCAAGAUGAGGAGCGACUUCUUCGUCGAAAUUCCCUUUGCCGGUUCCGGGACUCACGAGCGGGAUCCCGACCGCAUUGUAGACUCGCUCAACGUGAGUGUGGCCACUGCACUGUUAAUAGACAAUAUCCUCGCCUGUAAAUAG